GGAUUACUAGCCCAGAGCAAUGAUUAUCUGUAAUCGUCUUCAUAAUUACGGUGUGUCAAUGAGUCUUUGUGUGGGUACUGAGCCCAGAGCAAUGAUUAUCUGUAAUUAUCUUCAUAAUUGCGGUGUGUGAAUGAGUUCGUUGUGUUUUCCCCUCCACUAACGACUGGGAACACUACAUCCUAUAUCCCGACUUUCCUUGCUUGCCCUAGGCGAUCUGGCCACACUUUACUCGGGUGCGUUCUGACUAGGGGUACAUUCCGGCGGCUACAGCGCUUUCACCCGUUUGUUCUUUCAGUGCUCAAACAUUUUAUUUUCAUUUUUAUUUUAUUUAAAACUAUACGUGCAUCGUUAUGUUUAACUCAGGAUCGAUUUAAUGCUACCCAAGCGCCCGACCAUGACGUCACACAUGUAUAUAUGACUGAAUCGUUUGUAACUUGGAAGUUUUGUUUGGAUUUCAUUCUUCAGAGUUCGAAGAUGAAGCUGGCAUUGUGUGGUGCCCUUUUCCUGUGCUGCGUGGUGCUGGCCGCGGCCGUGCCUUCACGUCGUGAGGAGGAGCUGCUGUCUGAUUUAGAAGACUUGGUGGCCGGACUGAAAGAAAACCUGGAGGUGGAAAUGGAGAUGCGAGACCAGGAGGCCGACGAGGGCAUGCUAGACCUGCAGGAGCUGGAGAUGGAGAAGCGCGGAUUAGGAGAGUGUAUGGCUAAAUGCCCUCCCAGGGUCCAAUCUUGCAGGGCGGCUUGCAUGCGGCAGUACCGUGGAUAGUGGAGUUAGCAUUCCACAGACUACCCCAGCCCCACGCCUGUUUGCAUGCAGAAUUGCAUGCAGGGAUAGUUUCAUUGUGCUGGUACAUAGAUAGACGAUAAAGGCUUUGAUACACGACCAAAGGGGUGUUUACCUGUUGUCCUGGUACUUCUGCUACGUUUCUCGAGACAAACUAGAGUUCGGAGACCUCAUACCUCCAUGAAAUAUUCUGAUUAUGCAAAUGACUUUCACAUU